CAAGUUACAUUUGGGGCGGAGGGAUUUCUAAGCGGUAAGAGAAGAAAAUCAAAGAACUUGAAAAAUGGCAUUAGUAAAAAGUUCGAAUGUUUCUGUCGAACCUUUCGAUGGACGUGGUGAUUUUACUCUGUGGCAACAACGAGUAAAAAGUGUUCUUACUCGGGAAGGGACAUUCAAAGCUCUGAAGGUGAAGGUUCAGAGGACAGAAAAAAUGACGGAUGCUGAGUGGGCCAAACACCGGAAGAACGACAAACCAGAAAAAUUAUCGGAAGAAGAGUGGGAGGAUUUGAAGGACAUGACAACAAGUACAAUAUGCCUAUGUCUUGCAAAUAAUACUCUUCGGGAGGUUCUCGGUUUGACGGACCCGGUGGAUAUUUUGGACAAGCUCGAGAGCCGGUACAAGUCAAAAUCGUUGACAAAGUUGGAAUCCAUUGAUGUGAAGAUUGAAGAGGAGGACAAGGCGUUGCUUUUGUUGGCUUCAUUGCCUUCAUCUUUUGACAACAUCGUGACCACGCUCUUGUUUGGAAAAGAGACCUUAAAAUUUGAUGAAGUAGUUGCUGCGUUGUUGAUGAACGAGACUCGGCGGGGUGGCAAUGGGGUAUCAAAUGACGGUCAAGCUUUGGUAGCAAAAAGAGCUGGUCGGGAACGAGGAAGGGGAGCAAUGGUGGUAGCAAAAGGAGUUUUGUCAAAGGGCUUGUAUAAACUUGUAGGAAAAGAUUUGACACGGAAGUUGCCAGAAGGAAAAAUUACAAGUGCAACGAGCGGAGCAUUUGCAUGGAAGAAGCGGGUGACAUUUGAAGCUUCUCAGGUUGGUGGAGAUUGUGACCUUGCCGGAACGAGCGAGACAGCUCUUUCAGCUAAUCUCCUCCUUGGAUGGAUUGAUGGUAAUGAAGCAGCCCCGGCGCCAACUAUCUCCAAAAACGAUAAAACCGUCCCUAAUCCAGAGUAUACCUCCUGGACCAUCGUUGACACACAGAUCCGCGUCUGCCUCCUAGCGGUCAUCAGCCCCUCUGUUCACAAACAUGCUCGCGGCUUCACCACAUCUGCUGCCCUCUGGGAUGCUUUGGCCGCACGGUACAACUCCGUGUCCACCGCUCAUGUUUAUCAGCUUCGGGACAAACUCCACACUCUUUGUAAAGGUACCAAAACUAUGACACAAUACCUUGAUGAUGUGGCAACUAUUCUCUCGGAUCUCGAUGCCUUGAAAGAAGAGAUCCCUGAACGUGAUGUGGUGAAUGCUGUUAUUCGUGGUCUUCCCACCGAAUACUCAUCCUUUAAGCAAAACAUUCGCAUGAACAAUACCAAUAUUUUGUUAAAUCAGCUUUCUGGAUGGCUGAUCUCCGAAGAAAUAAACCUGGAGAUGGAGAAUAAACUCAACCUCACCGAGUCUACCAUCACCGAACCUCGCACAACACUUCUCGCUACGAACGGUCGAGGUUUUGUCCAUACUCCUAAUGGUAAAUACCACCUUUCUACUCUUCAUUAUGUCCCUUCCCUUACCUCCAAUCUAUUGUCUGUCCAUCGAUUUACCAAAGAUAACAACUGCACUCUUGUUUUCAAUGCCAACGAUUUCCAGAUAGUGGACAAUCCUACCAACCAGGUGCGGUACAAGGGCCUCUGUGAGCAUGGGUUAUACACACUUCCUUCCAAACUCCCAACCGUUGCGUAUCAAGCUAUCCAAGAGUCCACUUGGCAUCGUAGACUCGGUCAUCCAGCUCCUGCGAUUGCCAAAUCUAUUUUGUCUUCCUUAGGUUUUCAGUUUUCAGAGCCUUUACAUUGUGAAUCAUGUUAUGUCUCUAAGUCCUUAUCUAAUGUGAAACUCCAUGUUCCUAUUCAACUCAGUCUCUCUCAACCCAACUACAAAAAGUGGAGCCGACUUUUUCUCCUUCUUGUUCAGCGCUUCAACCUCCAGGGUUACCUUGCUGGCUCCGUCGUCCCCCUCUCCGAUGACGACGAUGAAUGGUUCCAACUCGACGCUCUCCUCCAGGGUUGGAUUCUCUCUACCAUCACCGAUGAGGUCUCAGAUCUGGUAAUCUCCUCUGUUUCUACUGCCUCUGCUCUCUGGAAAGUCGUUCACGACUUAUUUCACGACAACAAACAUGCCAGGGCCAUGCAAUUGGAGCAUGAAUUUCGCACGACCAUCAAAGGCAACUCCACCAUGGCGGCUUAUUGCCAACAAUUGCAGAAUCUGGCCGACUCGCUGGACGAUGUCGAUGCACCAGUCUCCCAGCACCAACUUGUUCUCCAAAUGCUUCGUGGUCUCCCUGCAGAUCUUCAGGCACAAACAUCUUUCAUGCAAUUUCAGGAUCCCAUGCCCACUUUUCUGCAAGUCCGUUCUGCACUCAUGCUUCUGGAUCGACAAUGGACGAGUCCCACCGACUCGGGCACCACGGCUCUUCUCACGAACCGUGCCGGUGGCGGCUACCACGGCGGUACUCCCGGCGGCUAUGGCGGACAGCAUGGCGGCACGGGCUAUGGUGACGGCAAUCCCGGUCAACGUGGAGGCUACGGACGAGGCCAAGGCCGUGGCGGUGGAAAUCGGGGGCGAGGUCGCGGACGUCAAAACGGCUCACGACUGCGGCAAUCCUAUGACGACAUGGGUGACCUGCACUUUUUCCUCGGCAUCAAUGUCCACCGCACAGCUCAGGGUCUCUUCCUUCAUCAGACACAGUUCACCCACGACAUCCUUGAGCGGGCAGGGAUGGUCUCCUGUCGCCCCAUCUCUACUCCCGUCGACACAAAGGCAAAGCUCUCCUCCUCCUCCGGCACGACACUUCCAGAUCCCUCCCUCUACAGGUCCAUAGUUGGUGCUCUGCAGUAUCUCACAUUCACCCGACCUGAUAUUACUUAUGUCGUCCAGCAGCUUUGCCUCCACCUGCAUGCGCCUCGCGACUCACACCUCACGGCCAUGAAGCGCGUUCUCCGUUAUCUCAGCGGCACCGACACCCAUGGCAUCUACUUGACCCGCUCCAUGACAGACUAUCUUCAGGCUUACUCUGAUGCUGAUUGGGCUGGAUGUCCUGACACCAGACUCUCCGCCAAGGAAUUGUAGUGUCCUUCAAUCCUUGAAUUCGGGCUUCUUUUUUUUUGCAAUAAUUCAUUGCAUGGCGUAUUUUUUGUGUAAUUCAAAUCAUAAUUAUUGCAUGGAGAUUUUUUUUUUCACUUCUUCAAAUUUUGAUUCUCGAAAGUUUUUUCACAGUAUUGUUUUCUUUUUUGUUUUCUUCCAUUUUCAAGGUAUUUUUUUUUUUUAAAUUUUAUUCUAUAAUGCUUUAUAUGCUUUUAUAAAACAAUCUGUUUUUG